AUGCUAAAGGAAGGGAAGAGUUUUGCGGCAGUGGCUCGUUACUACGGCAUCAACGAGAGUACCGUGCGCUACAUAAAGAAGAAGGAGCAAGAGAUCAGGAAGACCGUGUCUAUCAGCUUCCAAAGCAGUGCGAAGGUCGUGUCUACGGUCAGGGAUAAGGCCAUCAUCAGGAUGGAGUCAGCCUUGGCCUUAUGGAUCUCUGACUGUUGGAAGAAGAAUAUCCCCCUAGAUAACAAUGGUAUCCGGGAGAAGGCACAAACCCUCUAUAUCCAAUAUGCCCCCAAAGGUGGAGCCAAAGAAGUGAGCAUCGAAGAGGAAGAGACAGAAGAAGAGGCAAGACCAUCAUCGUCAUCAUCAUCGUCACCAUCUAAGGGUUUCCUGGCUAGCAAGGGGUGGUUCUACUGGUUUCAAGAACGGUAUGGCCUGACAAGUGCCGUCCUUCAUGGGGAGAAGGCAUCCACAGACACCGAGGAGGCUGCAAAAUACCCUGAGAAGUGGAGGAAGAUCAUCAGGGAUGGAGGCUACCGCCCAGAGCAGGUUUUCAAUAUGGAUGAAACUGGGCUGUACUGGAAGAAGAUGCCCUCCCGGACGUACAUCAUGAAGGAAGAAGCCCGUGCCCCUGGCUUUAAGGCGCAGAAAGACAGGAUCACGCUCCUCAUGUGUGGCAAUGCUGCUGGUCACAUGUUGAAGCCUGGCCUGAUCUACAAGUCAGCAAACCCCCGAGCAUUGAAGAACAAAAAUAAAAACGCUCUGCCUGUGUACUGGAUGCACAACAAGAAGGCAUGGGUGACGAAAGUGUUGACGUCCAAUUGGUUCAUGCAGAGUUUCAUUCCUCAAGUGAAGGAGUACCUGAACGAUCUAGGCUUGGAAUUCAAAGUUCUUCUUCUCCUUGAUAACGCCAGGGGGCAUCCUGCUGACUUGUACUAUGAUGGUGUCAAGAUCGAGUUCCUCCCUCCCAACACAACUUCACUCCUUCAGCCAAUGGACCAGGGCGUGAUCCGAGCCUUUAAGGCUCUCUACACCCGUAAUGCCCACCAGCAUCUUGUUAGUGAGAUGGAUGCUAACAGUGACUUCACCCUUAAGGACUACUGGAAGAAGUUCACCAUCACCACCUGCCUCACCAUCAUCGGUCAAGCCCUUAAGGAUAUGAAGAAACAGACCCUUAACUCCUGCUGGAAGAAGUUGUGGCCAGAGGUUGUCAACGAUUAUGAGGGCUUCUCUCCUUCUGAAAUUCAGCACUCGGCCAUUAAUAGGGCCGUCAUCUUGGCGCAGCACUUGGGAGGAGAAGGCUUCGAUGACAUCACUGAGGAAGAAGUCGGGACCCUGAUCGAUGCCCACGGUGACCCCCUGACAGACCAGGAUUUGGAGGAGCUGACCAAGUCAGCCAGUGAAGAUGAAGACGGAGACAAAGACGAGCCAGAGGAUGAGGGUCUGUCGCUGGACCGCUUGUCGCAGAUCCUUCGGCACGUGAGGGAGGUGAAGGACAUGUUGAUGUCAUGGGACCCUUAUAUGGAUCGCUACAUCAAGUGUGGCAAUACAAUUGAUUCUGCCAUCGAACCAUAUAAGCAUCUCUUCAACACUCUAAAGAAACACCAACAGCAGCUUCCCAUCACCAUGUUCUUCAACCCCAUAAAGAAAACCCCUGAAAAGCCUCCUGAAGACCCUGAAGAGGAGGAGGAGGCCCCUGAGUAG